AUGAUCUCUACUAACAAGCAUUUGUUAACCUAUCUUCAUCACUAUCCUCUUGUCUUCCUGAUCUUGUUUCUUCAUGUGUUAAACUUUAUCUGUCAUGCUGAAGAUCAUAGUACUAAUCUAUCCAAAAACAAGGCUUGGAACCACUCAGUUUCUGCUAUUUUAAUCUUUGGAGACUCAACAGCUGAUCCAGGGAACAACAACUACAUACAGACUCCUUUCAAGAGCAAUUUUCCACCUUAUGGGAGAGAUUUUAUGGAUCAAAUUCCGACCGGAAGGUUUACAAAUGGGCGCCUUGCUAAUGACUUUGUUGCUAAGUAUAUUGGUGUCAAAGAGAAUGUGCCUCCAUAUUUGGACCCAACACUGGGCAUUGAGGAGCUGAUGACUGGAGUCAGUUUCGCCUCUGCUGGAUCUGGAUUCGACCCUCUUACACCAAGAAUAAGCAAUGUGAUCUCACUGUCUAAACAACUAGAUUACUUCAAAGUGUAUCAAAGUAGAUUGGAGGCUGCAAUUGGGAAGAAAAGAACAAAGCAUCUGAUAAAGAAUGCUUUGUUCUUUGUCAGUGCUGGGACGAAUGACUUUGUUGUCAAUUAUUUUACUGUACCCAUUCGAAGGAAGAGCUACAACCUCCCAACUUACAUGGCUUUCUUGUUGCAGCAAGUCCAGCUGUUCAUGCAGGGACUGUGGGAUGAAGGGGCUCGGAGAAUCGGCAUGGCUGGUCUGCCUCCGAUGGGUUGCUUGCCCAUUGUCAUCACCAUCAACGCAAUUUCCCGGCGCGGCUGUAUCGAUUUCUUCUCCGCCGUGGCCAGAGAGUACAAUAUAAUGCUCUUGAAUGAAUUGAGUGCUAUGCAAUUUAGAUUAGCAAAUAUUGGUGCUCGGAUUGCCUAUAUGGACAUAUAUGGACCACUGGCAGACAUGACCCAAGGCCACAAGUUUGGUUUUGCUGAGGUUAGCAGUGGUUGUUGUGGUACGGGCUUACUUGAAACAGCAUUCUUGUGCAAUCCCACAUCCUUCGUUUGCCCGGAUGCAUCUAAGUAUGUAUUUUUCGAUUCGAUUCAUCCGACGGAGAAGACAUACUCGAUCAUUUUCCAGUCUCUCCAACCUACCGUUGAUUACAUCUUACGGGACUAA